AUUAAAUAAGCAUAUUACACCUAAGUGCUUGGCUAUAAUAAGGUUGAAAAGAAAGCAUACUUCUCUAUUUAAAGAAUUUACCAAGAAACAAGCAGCAGAAUUACAAGAAAUAAUCAAUGAGGCAUUUGGUAUCUGUGAAAUUCAUAAAAAACAAGUGCUUUAG